AUGUUGCCUAAGGAAUACGCCCAGAAGAGGAGGAAGAGGAAAGAACUAAAGUCUGGAAGAACUCUUUCUCAGGAAUGGUUGACUUUUGAGGAUGUGGCCAUCGAAUUCACUCAGGAGGAGUGGGAAUGCCUGGACCCUGCUCAGAGGACAUUGUACAGGGACAUGAUGGUGGAGACCUACAGGAACUUGCUUUCCGUGGUUUCCACAGCACUCCUUCACCCAUCCCUCCACCUUCUACAUCACUCACACUGUAGAAAUGAUCCCUCUGUUGAACUGUUGGACAACAUUCUCAGGACAGGACCUAUGUCACCAUCUGCCACCGUGAUGACUCAGAAAUCAUUUCCUGGAGGGAUGGCUGAAUAUCCUUAG